AUGGAGGGGCAGGGCGCUGCGAAUGAUCAGAGGGAAGCACUUAACGUCUUGCUACGAUUGAGACUCGAUGGGAAGAAUGGCAACACAAUUAAGGAGAAGAAGGUUUGUACAUUGCCUGAUGAUUACAGAUUGAGAGUACCCGAGAGGGUUUAUCAAAGUACAAAGUUAUCAUCAGCAGCAGCAGCAGUUGCUGCUGCUGCUGCAUGCAAACCCUCGCAGCUUGCUGCUCUUUGUCUAAAUAGUUGUUUAGGUGGACAGACACCUGAGCAACAAGAAACAAUUUAUCAUAAACAAUUAAAAUCGGAAGUGUCGGCCUUGCGAGAGUUUGGGAACCAGAUGAAGGAGAGAUUCUUUGAAGGGAAUACCGAGGCGUCUCGAGAUGUCAGGCGUCUGGAAUUUGAAAACCGCCAACUUUGUGCAGCCCAAAGAUUACAUGAUUCGCAAUGCAAAAGUUUAUAUGAUAAGAUUGAGGUCGACUUUCUAGGCUUCUAUGACGAAACUCUCGCCUGUGAUUUGAAGUAUUUAGAGGAAUUAACAGAGGAAAGAGAUCAUUACUAUCAUACUGCCAUUAAAACAAAAGAGGAGGGUUUAGAGAAAGAAUCAUAUUAUAAAUCUAAGGAAGAAAAUUUAAUAAAAACAUUUAAUACAAAAAUACAAGAAAAAGAAAAACAAUUAUUUGCAUCUAAUGAGAAACAAAUACAGAUGCAAACCCUAAUUAGGCAACAGAAACAUAAUAAUGCUAAAUAUGUAACACUUAUACAACAGCAACGGGAAUUAUUGCGGAAGGCAGCAGCAGAAUUCAAAACCCUUUCUGCUGCUUUGCAAGGAAAUAAUAAGGAGGCGCAGCAACUUAAGAGGCUUGCACAAAUAGAGCCGCAAGAGGAGAUCACAGAAGAGCAGCUACAGCAGGCUAUGGCUAGGCUGGUAAGAUAA